AUGAACUCAAUUAUUAAAAAUACAUUAAGAAUAACUUCAAAUGGUUUAUUAAGAAAUUCAAAUUCAGUUAUUAGACCUUCAACUAGUUUUCUUUCAGUAAAUAAUAAUAAUUUAAAUAACGGAAUUAUAAAGAGAAAUUAUCACGAAAGAGUAUUAGAUCAUUACAACAACCCAAGAAAUGUAGGUUCAUUCGAUAAAAAAUCUAUUGAUGUUGGCACUGCAACCGUUGGUGCCCCAGCAUGUGGUGAUGUUAUGAAAAUUCAAAUUAAAGUUAAGGAAAAUAAAGUUGUCGACGUUUGUUUUAAAACUUUUGGCUGUGGAUCUGCCAUUGCAUCAUCCUCAUUAGCAACCGAAUGGGUCAAGGGAAAAACUUUAGAUGAAUGCUUAGAAAUUAAAAAUACCGAUAUCGCCAAACAUCUUUCACUUCCACCAGUUAAAAUGCAUUGCAGUAUGCUUGCCGAACAAGCCAUUAAAAGAGCCAUCUACGAUUAUAAAGUUAAACAAGAAAAAUUAGCCGCCGAAAAUAAAGGUUCAAGCGAAGGUAUAAUCGAAACUAUUGCUAGUGUAUAAAUCAAUUAUAAAAAUAAUUUUCAAAAAAAAAAAAAAAAAAAAUAUUUAAAUCAUCGUUUUAUUAUUUUUUUGUUUAAACUCAUUAAAAUAAUAACUACAAAUUUUAACAAAAAUAAAAUCAAUAAAAAAAAUU